AUGAAACGCGCAUGCAGCCCAGAAUCCAGCCCAGAGCAUGAGCUAAGAAACGAAAUUCCACUAAAUCACCAGCGCCCAAUUCUCUUAAGCUUAAAUGCGCCCGUCUCUCCGCCACAAAAAAGAUCAUCUAUCAAAUGGGCCAAGGAUGGAGAUGGAGGAGACGCUAUCCCGUCGAACGCAUCACAAUUAAACGCCCCACCCAGCCUCGCUGCCAUCGAAGCAGGCCAGGCUGAAGUGACCGACCAUCUGAGCACAAUUUCAGCAAAGCUUAAAGAAUGCGUUCGCCCAUUUCCAACACUACCAUUACCGCGGCUACCCAUCAAGGAAUGGACGGAAUUGUACAGACGCAACGAGCACCCCGAAGGACGCCAUUUCGUCAUCCAUCAACAUGACCAUCCCAUCGCGGGGCCCCAUUAUGACCUCCGUCUCCAGUUCUCGGAGACCAGCUCUGUGAGUUGGUCGGUUAUGUAUGGGAUGCCUGGGGAUCCAAAUAGCCAGCGACUGAACCGGAAUGCAACUGAAACUCGGAUCCAUUGUUUAUGGAAUCAUCUCAUUGAAACAGCUUCUCACAAAACGGGGAGCCUGAUUAUCUGGGAUACUGGAGAAUAUGAAAUUCUACCUUACCAAAUGGACCCAUCUGGUCCGGAGACCGAUGACUCUCGAUCAGAUGUCUCCGAAGAUAGCCAUGUUUUACCGGAGCCAAUCUCGGAUAGUGCGAAGUUGCGAGAAGCUUUUCAGAAUCGCAAAAUCCGACUCCGACUGCACGGAACCCGUUUACCAAAAAAUUACACUAUUAUAUUACGGAUGGAUAAAACCACCGAUUUUGCGAGGCCAAUUCGACAAGGCCCCAAACGGCGUCGUCGCCAAUCUAGGCCAAGGGCGCCACAAGCGCCCUUCACCUCGGACUCCGGAUCACCUUCGCCUCCACCAAGCAAACAAAAUUUGAGAGUGGAUCCAACACCGCAAAGUCAAUCCGAAUCUCGAAAUAGCCCGACUAAGACACAUGCAGACGAUAUCUACACCGCCGACAUGGAAAUUCAAAGAAACAAUGCCUACCCAGGGUCCAGCAAUACGAUCGGCUCGAUCCACCAACGGCGGUGGUAUCUCAGUUUGGAUCGGGAAUCCUCUGGAUUUGAGCCGACGGUAAAUGCAAGGGAGGUGAAAGAAAAAGGCAGGAAAAAAGUUGGACCCCCAAACUCGCCGGGCAAGGAUUCGAGCCGUUUUACGUGCACGGCCCAGAUUCUGAGCGAAGCGUUAUCACUGCACGAUUGGGGCGUGAUGUUUUGGAUGAUGAGGCCGUGGAAGAGUUUGUGCCGAGACGCGGGUGGAGGCCGGUCCUGCAUUAGGUGGACAUUAGAUGGAUACAAGCUAUACAAGUGGGGAAUGGUGAAUUUUCCUUGA